UGUUACUGUACGUUCAGUGUCAAGGCUGGGCCCCUGGUGUGCAGUUCUGAGGGGCGUGAUCGUCAAUCCACUGAAAAAUGAGACCGAGGCUGAAGCUCCGAAUCUGUUUCGCUUUUAGCUUUCUGUUGCUGUGCCAGGCUCAAGAUUGUGAGAUUUAUCGUGUGAGAGGCUUCGAAAUCCCGUUGGAUGUCGGUUCAAGAAAUGUAUCCGUUUUCCUUAAAAGGUCAAUGAAAAUCUGGAUCUCCUUUGAACAAUAUGAUGGACUGAGUUCAACCGAUAGAAAGUGGCAUCAUUUGACCACCAUGAACAACGGAUCUCACUUCUGUGUUGUGGCUCCAACGCUCCUUGGCACCGAGACAUGCAGUAAUCUUAAGAACGUGAUAAUCCUUCGUACAAGUUCCACGACUUCCUGGAAGCUGGACUGCCCUGGUGUCGCUGAGGCGCCACAAGGCUCUCCGCAGUGUCGCCGUCACCAGCUUCACGCCGUGUAUCUCGGUCUUGAUUCCGUCCCAGCUUCGUUCUACUGGAAGCCUAACGCCGUGGCCACGGGUUUAGCGGCGUCGGAUAAGGACAAUUCACGGCAGGUUUGGGCGAAGAACACGACUACCUGGAAGGAUGUCACCUUAGGUCGCGAUGCCGGUGGUGAAUGCCAUAGCAAAGUCCGGCCCUGUCAAGUCUGCAGUAAACGCCUGAACAUAAGUUUUCCGUGCGCUCAAAAAUUAACAAGUGAAGACUUUAUAACUUUUGAGAGUAUUAAUGAGGGUAUCAUCAAGAGUACAAGUUCCUUUGCCCUGAACUGCAGUGGUUUCCCAGACGAAACCGUCGCCGGAUCGCCCUCGUCCAGCGAUGUUUCUCCGGAGACGAAUCCUUGGAAUGUGUUGGCGAUCGUCGGCGCAGUCGCCCUGGUCGUCAUCGCCGUCGCCUUGGUCGUAGUAAAGGUGAGGAAGUCCAGGUCGUCGAGACAGGCCGCGAUUACCGCCGACUACCUGCACGACCCCGGCCGCGAUGACGACCGAAAGGACGACCACGACUAUUGCUACAUCGAUUUGACCGCCUUGAACGCCCAGCUGGAGGAGGAGAGGAAGGCGACGCACGCGGAGCACGACGGAGAGACGACCAGCCUGCGCAGCCACGACUCCGAGAACUCCACGUACGGGGAAAUCCUUUCAGAUGUAUCGCAGAGAGAGGGGGUGUGAGGGGAGGGGAGGGGGGGGAGGAAAACUGCAUCGCAAGCAAGGAUCUUCAGUUUGAAUUCCUGCACUUUGCCAAGAUUGAAACCGAAUGUAUCAAAAAGCAGACAAACCCUUCGUACAAGGAAUAAGCGAAAACUAAUAUGUGACGUUUCGAGUCAGAUCGUUCUCCUCAUCAGGCCACUUCGGUUUACCGUCUGGCAGGGAGUCCAAAAAUACUCGAAACGUUACGAUUGAAACAGCCAAAUGGUUAAAGCUCCUUUCGUUCUCCGUGUCUGUUCCAUUUCGUCAAAAUAUGUUGGUAUUUCUUUCACGCAAUUAUGAUUCCGAGGCAUAUUUCCAAAUCAUAACAGUAAUGCUAAUGAUGAUCAGUAUCAUAGAUAUAUGGUUAAUGAUACUGGUAGCACUAAUAUUACAAUUAACUGUAUUACCAAUCAAAAUUAUCAGUGCUAUUUCUUUAUCACCACCAUCAUAAUUUAUAACAAAUAUUAUUGUUACUAUUUUCAUUAAUAUUACAUUGAAACUCCAUGAUUGUACUCUUUUGCAAGUGACGUGCCUUGUCAUCAACUAUGCUAAAAAGCUACACUAAGAAAAGACGGUAAAGAAAUUCGGAAAUACGUAUUUGUUCUCUUUCUCUUCCUCUCUCUCUCUCUUCCUCUCUCUCUCUCUUCUUCCUCUCUCUCUCUCUUCUUCUCUCUCUCUCUCUCUUCCUCUCUCUCU